AGGCAGCAGGACCCUCGCCGGGGGCCGCCGGCGCUCCCGCCCGGCCCGGCAGCACGCACGGGCCCGGCCGCGAGGACACGCACGAGGCUGCCGCGGGAGGCGGCUGGCGCGCGCCGUCACACCGGGACUGCCUCGGGCGAUUGGCUGGCGCGCGGCGAGCUCCCCAUCUACGGACACGGCCCCGCGCGCGGCCUGGGGCAGCGCCGCCCGCGCCCGCCACCUCCCGCCCCGCCAGCGCGAGCUCCCGCCGGCGCGCGGCCGCCCCGCCCCGGCGACGAGCUGCGCGCGCGGGGAGGGCGGGCUCCGCUUCCCUCCGUCAGCUCCGUGCUCCUCCCUUCUCCCCGUCCGUCCCGGGGCGCCGGAGUGUCUGGGCAGAGCCGCGGGCAGCGGAGCGCCGAGGAGCUGCGAUGGGCAGCAAGGGACACUACAGAUACCACUGGCAGAGCCACAAUGUCAAGCAGAGUGGAGUGGAUGAUAUGGUCCUUCUUUCCAAAAUCACAGAGGAUUCCAUAGUGGAGAACCUAAAGAAGCGAUACAUGGAUGAUUAUAUUUUUACAUAUAUUGGCUCUGUAUUGAUCUCUGUGAAUCCUUUCAAGCAAAUGCCAUAUUUUGGGGAAAAGGAAAUUGAAAUGUACCAAGGAGCAGCGCAGUAUGAAAACCCACCACACAUUUAUGCUCUUGCAGACAGCAUGUACAGGAACAUGAUUAUUGACAGAGAAAAUCAGUGUGUCAUUAUUAGUGGAGAAAGUGGUGCUGGAAAGACUGUAGCUGCUAAGUAUAUCAUGAGUUACAUCUCCAAAAUUUCAGGAGGUGGCCCUAAAGUACAGCAUGUUAAAGAUAUUAUUCUGCAGUCCAACCCUUUACUGGAGGCCUUUGGGAAUGCAAAAACUGUACGGAACAACAACUCCAGCAGAUUUGGGAAAUACUUUGAAAUACAGUUUAGCCCAGGUGGAGAACCAGAUGGAGGAAAAAUCUCAAACUUCCUAUUGGAAAAAUCUCGAGUUGUAAUGAGGAAUCCUGGAGAGAGGAGCUUUCACAUUUUUUACCAGUUAAUUGAAGGAGCCUCCUCGGAACAAAAAAGCAGUCUUGGCAUUACCAGUAUGGACUACUAUUACUAUCUGAGUCUGUCUGGGUCUUACAAAGUUGAUGACAUCAAUGACAAAUCAGAUUUCCAGGAAACACUGCAUGCAAUGAGUGUGAUUGGAAUCUUUGCAGAGGAACAGGCGUUGGUGCUACAGAUAGUGGCAGGAAUACUGCAUUUGGGAAACAUCAGCUUCAAAGAAGUUGGAAACUAUGCAGGAGUGGAGAGUGAGGAGUUUUUGGCUUUCCCUGCAUUUCUCCUGGGAAUUAACCAGGACCGCCUGAAGGAAAAGCUGACCAGCAGACAGAUGGACAGCAAGUGGGGAGGCAAAUCCGAGUCCAUUAAUGUAACGCUAAAUGUGGAACAAGCCUGCUACACCAGGGAUGCAUUGGCCAAGGCCCUUCAUUCCCGUGUUUUUGACUACUUGGUGGAUUCUAUUAAUAAGGCUAUGGAGAAGGACCAUGAAGAAUAUAACAUUGGUGUCCUUGAUAUUUACGGCUUUGAAAUAUUCCAGAAAAAUGGUUUUGAGCAAUUCUGCAUCAACUUUGUUAAUGAAAAGCUACAGCAGAUUUUUAUUGAAUUGACACUGAAGGCAGAACAGGAAGAGUAUGUGCAAGAAGGAAUUAGAUGGACGCCAAUAGAUUACUUUAACAACAAAAUAGUGUGUGACCUGAUAGAGAACAAAGUGAAUCCUCCAGGAAUUAUGAGCAUUUUAGAUGAUGUGUGUGCCACAAUGCAUGCAGUGGGAGAAGGAGCUGACCAAACACUGCUUCAAAAGCUCCAGAUGCAGAUUGGGACUCAUGAACAUUUCAACAGCUGGAACCAGGGGUUUAUCAUUCAUCAUUAUGCUGGAAAGGUAUCUUAUGAUAUGGAUGGAUUCUGCGAGAGAAAUCGGGAUGUUCUUUUCAUGGACUUGAUUGAACUCAUGCAGAGCAGUGAUUUGCCUUUUAUAAAGGCUCUGUUUCCUGAGAAUCUUCAAGUGGACAAGAAGGGCCGUCCUACCACUGCAGGCAGUAAAAUCAAAAAACAAGCAAAUGACCUUGUUGGCACCCUGAUGAAAUGUACACCCCAUUACAUCCGCUGCAUCAAACCAAAUGAAACAAAGAAGUCUCGAGACUGGGAAGAGAGCAGGGUAAAGCAUCAAGUGGAAUACUUGGGUCUGAAAGAAAACAUUCGUGUGAGAAGAGCUGGUUAUGCCUACAGGAGGGUUUUCAAGAAGUUUUUGCAGAGGUAUGCCAUUCUGACUAAAGCAACCUGGCCUUCCUGGAAAGGAGAGGAGAAACAAGGAGUUCUCCAUCUGCUCCAGUCAGUCAACAUGGAUCCUGACCAAUACCAGCUUGGAAAAUCCAAAGUCUUCAUCAAAGCUCCAGAGUCUCUAUUUUUAUUAGAAGAGAUGAGAGAGAGGAAGUAUGAUGGAUAUGCCAGGGCCAUCCAGAAGGCCUGGAGGAAGUAUGUGGCCAGAAAAAAAUACGUACAGAUGAGAGAAGAAGCAUCAGAUCUGUUGCUGAACAAGAAAGAGAGAAGGCGCAACAGCAUUAACAGGAAUUUUGUGGGAGAUUACAUAGGCAUGGAGGACCAUCCAGAGCUACGUCAGUUUGUGGGCAAACGCGAGAAGAUUGAUUUUGCAGACACUGUAACUAAAUACGACAGACGGUUUAAGAGUGUGAAGCGAGAUCUUGUCCUCACUCCAAAGUGCAUAUACCUGAUUGGGCGUGAGAAGAUAAAGCAGGGUCCAGAGAAGGGCCAAGUGAAGGAAGUCUUAAAGCGAAGGAUGGAAGUGGAGAGAAUUCUUUCUGUUUCUCUAAGCACAAUGCAGGAUGACAUUUUCAUUCUACAUGAACAGGAAUAUGAUAGUCUGCUGGAAUCAGUCUUCAAAACGGAGUUUUUAAGCCUCUUAUCAAAGCGAUUUGAAGAGAAAACCCAAAGAAAACUACCUCUGAAAUUUAGCAAUACACUUGAAGUGAAGCUGAAAAAGGAGAGCUGGGGGCCCUGGAGCAGCAGUGGGUCUCGCCAGGUGCAGUUUAUGCAAGGCCAAGGAGAUACAGCCAUUCUUAAGCCAAGUAAUAAAGUGCUGCAGAUCAGCAUUGGACCAGGGCUACCAAAGAAUUCCCGUCCUACCAGACGGAAUGUUACCCAAAGUAGAGCAUACUCCAACAAGUCUCAAAGUCAGACUUACCCUAUGAGAGCUGCACCGCCGCCACCUGGUCAGCAACAAAACGGAGUAAUAAAUGCCCCACAGUUUGUACCAGUUCCACAUGUCCCAGGAAAUCAAUGGGCCAAUCAGAAAAAUCUGUAUACAAACAUGACGCGGCCAACUUUACCACGGCAACUAUCAGGAGGAUCAGGCAGGAUCUCACAGCAACCAGAAAGCUUGGAUUUCCUGAAAGUACCUGACCAAGGAGCAGCCGGUGUUCGGAGGCAGACGACGAACAGACCCCCCCCAGCUGGAGGAAGGCCAAAACCACAACCAAAACCUAAGCCUCAGGUACCACAGUGCAGAGCACUGUAUGCAUAUGAUGCUCAGGACACAGAUGAACUCAGCUUUAAUGCCAACGAUGUGAUUGAUAUAAUUAAAGAAGGUAAAGUUUUCUGUUCUGUAAAUACUAAUCUUGAAGAGAUGACUUUUUGUGCCACCUCAGUUGUUUCUUUAGGCUUGCAGAUGUCUGAUAGCUCGGGGAGCAGAAUAGUAUCCACACCAGUCUGUCAGAUACAUGAUGUAUACGUGCAUUGCUUGGUUCUGCACAUUUGUGCAUUUAUGUUACGACUAAUUCCAUCGCAGGCUUUGGCUAUAGCACAAAACCCAAAAAAGUUCCAACUCCUAAUCUGCUAAGGCAUGAAGACUAACAAGGUCAGGUUCUCUAAAUAAUGUUUUCUCAUUCCUUCACAAGAAGGUUCUCACUGUGUGGAACAUUUCAAGGCCUCGAAAGUAUACAUAAAAAGAAGUUUACAGAAUCUCUUAUUUUGCUUUCUCUGUCAUAGAUCCUUCUGGCUGGUGGACAGGAAGACUACGAGGAAAACAAGGCCUUUUUCCCAACAAUUAUGUCACCAAGAUAUAAAAAGACUGACAAAAACUAGCAUGAAGUUGCCUGUGGUUGAAGAUGUUUCCUCUUGCCCCCAGGUGUCUUCUGAGAUCUGCCCUUCUCAUAGUUUCACCAGUAAAGUUGUAUAUAAAUGGGGAAAAUGACCCAGAGCACAGACCUUGUUCUUGUCUCAGAAGCAUUCAAAAGACAUAAUGACCAAUUAUUUAUUAUAUUUAAAACUUGGGAUUUAAGACCUAGGAAGUGAAGAAUGCUCAAACAUACCAUCCUCAAGGUGCUCGGCAGUCUGGGACCAGGAACACUGAAAGGGCUGUGUUUAGUAAGUGCCUUCAGCUGAGUAUCAGUAACCUUUGUAAUUUUCUACUUAAGAUAAGGUUAAAUGCACAUUUCCUCCAAUGCAGAUCAUUCUGGGGAACAUGUUAAGUAUGCUGCUACAUGUCAAAAAUAUUUAGGCUUGUUUGGGAUAGUACCAUCCAAAAGCCCGUAUGCUGGUAUAUUUAAGUAAUUCUGUACAAAGUUGUAAUACAACUGAUUUGUAUUUGCUGAUGUGUUUAGGGACUUCACCAGGAACUGUAAGCUAAAACAGACACCCACAUAGUACUGUAUGCUAAAUGAUGUUGCCUUUCAAGAGUUAUAUUUUAAUAUGGCUGGCCCAUGUUGAAUUUAUGUUGAAAGCUCUAUCUAUUAUAAGAAGCAUCUUUAUGCAGAGCUGUACAUUUAUAGAAAUAGAUCAUAUACUGUAUAUAAAAUCUGAAUAUGACAGAAACAUGUAUGAAUGUAUAAUGUAGUAUUUCACUGUUCUUAUUAAUGAAGUAGUUCUACUAGAAUUUUUAUGCCAGGUACUUACAGAUAUGCACUACUCCUUUGAAACGGCAAAAGCAUAACAUGUUAUUGCUUAAGUCCGACUGCCUCCCACACCAGAGUGACUGUUGCUUGCCAUACAGUUACCAGCAUUCAUGCUUUGCCUUCUUAACCUCCAUAAAAUAAAACAUAAGAAGCAGUUAGCUGAAAGGUGUGCUUUCUGU